GGUCUCUCAACUUGACGCUCUGAUUACGAAGGAUACUAUCCAAGUAUGACCCUCAAGCCGGAUGGAUCUGUCGUGGGAAACUCUUAGACCGGUCUCGUUCGUCCAGCCAAGCGCUACAUGCUGCCAUGUUCUCGCAGAAAACAUCGCCUCACAUAAUCAAGAUACGGAAUUAGACGUGUAUCAUCCCUGAUCCACAGUAGAGUUCGCCCUGCUUCAGUCCAUCAGACUAAAUCCCCUGCAGCUUCACUCCCCUUGUAUCACGUCGAGAUGCAACAGUGGCAGGGCCACAUUUUGGGAGAAUUACUUACAUAAGCAAGUCUCGUGGCAUGUGUCUCUCUCACAGUCUCAUCUGCCAGCUCAGCGCGAUAGAUUAUUCGAUCGCUCUCAUCCGUACAGCGGUAUACACAAUGCCCACCGCAGCGGAUAUCAAACGAAAAAAUGCAAACUUCGCAGCUCGGGCUCAGGCGGGAAAGAGAACCACACGACCCGCUCGAACUGGUCAAAAGCAGAGCCUCGGGAUGUGGAUGUUGCUUGGGAUAGGUUUCUUACUGGUCGGAGGAACUGUGGUCGAGCUGGUACGGAUGAUCUUCAUGAAGGGCUAGUGACGAUGGGACUACCGUGUUGACGACAAAAUCGACAUGCAUAGGGCCUCUU